GCGGUGGCGGAGAGGCCCCAAGCGCACCGCACCGCUCCGCUCCCCUCCCCUCCUCGCCGGACCCGACCCGACCCCACACCGCGGGCAGCAGCUCCCGUGGGUCGCGGCGCGGCGGGAUCCGCUCCCGGCUGUGGUCACUGGUCCAGCCACGCCAGGCCAGCGCUGGUGCUGGGGUGACACGGCGGAGGGCACGCAGGGUGGACACCACCUCCUCUGACAGCAGCAGCAGCCCAGCCCAGCUUCAGACCGUAGCACUGCGAAGGAGAAACUCUGCAAACUUUUCUCAAUGACUCUAUAGCCAUCUGAUGUAACAAUGGUACUAAUAUUGGGACGCAGACUGAAUAGAGAGGAGAGCGGGAUACGAGAUUCCCCUGCAACCAAGCGGAAAGUUUUUGAAAUGGACCCAAAAUCGUUGUCAGGCCCUGAGUUUUUUGACUUCUCCUCGGGAUCAUCCCACGCCGAAAGCAUUCUGCAGAUCUUCAAUGAAUUUCGAGACAGCCGGUUGUUCACGGAUGUCAUUAUCUGCGUGGAAGGAAGGGAGUUUCCCUGCCAUCGUGCUGUCCUCUCAGCCUGCAGCAGCUACUUCAGAGCCAUGUUCUGCAACGAUCACAGAGAGAGCAGGGAGAUGUUGGUGGAGAUCAACGGCAUUCUUGCUGAAGCUAUGGAUUGCUUCUUACAGUACGUAUACACUGGCAAGGUGAAAAUCACUACGGAGAACGUGCAGUAUCUCUUUGAAACCUCGAGUCUCUUUCAGAUUAGCGUUCUGCGCGACGCCUGUGCCAAGUUCCUGGAAGAACAGCUGGAUCCUUGCAACUGCCUGGGAAUCCAGCGCUUUGCAGAUACGCACUCGCUCAAGACACUCUUCACCAAGUGCAGGAAUUUUGCGCUGCAGACCUUUGAGGACGUGUCCCAGCACGAAGAAUUCCUCGAACUGGGGAAGGAUGAGCUCAUUGAUUACAUUUGCAGCGACGAACUGGUGAUCAGCAAGGAAGAGAUGGUGUUUGAAGCCGUCAUGCGCUGGGUGUACCGGGCAGUCGAGCUGCGAAGACCAGUGUUACAUGAACUUCUGACGCACGUCAGGCUCCCCUUGUUACACCCAAACUACUUUGUUCAGACUGUGGAAGUGGACCAGCUGAUUCAGAACUCCCCGGAGUGCUAUCAACUGCUGCACGAAGCCAGGCGAUACCACAUCCUUGGGAAUGAGAUGAUGUCUCCCAGAACUAGGCCACGCAGAUCAACUGGUUAUUCCGAGGUGAUAGUUGUUGUUGGAGGCUGUGAACGAGUUGGAGGGUUUAAUUUGCCAUAUACUGAGUGCUACGAUCCUGUAACAGGAGAGUGGAAAUCACUGGCCAAACUUCCAGAAUUCACCAAGUCUGAGUAUGCAGUGUGUGCUCUACGGAAUGAUAUUCUUGUUUCAGGUGGAAGAAUCAAUAGCCGGGAUGUUUGGAUUUAUAACUCUCAACUUAACAUUUGGAUCAGAGUUGCCUCCUUAAAUAAAGGCAGAUGGCGCCAUAAAAUGGCUGUUCUUCUGGGUAAAGUAUAUGUUGUUGGAGGCUAUGAUGGGCAGAACCGUCUCAGCAGCGUAGAGUGUUACGAUUCCUUUUCCAAUCGAUGGACAGAGGUGGCUCCCCUGAAAGAAGCUGUGAGCUCCCCAGCAGUCACCAGCUGUGCUGGCAAACUGUUUGUGAUCGGUGGUGGUCCUGAUGACAACACAUGUUCUGACAAGGUUCAGUCUUACGACCCAGAUACUAACACUUGGUUGCUCCGUGCAACUAUCCCUAUCGCAAAAAGAUGUAUUACGGCUGUGUCUCUGAACAACCUGAUCUACGUUGCCGGGGGGCUUACCAAAGCAAUAUACUGCUAUGAUCCGGUUGAGGACUACUGGAUGCACGUACAGAAUACAUUCAGCAGACAGGAGAAUUGUGGCAUGUCUGUGUGUAAUGGAAAAAUCUAUAUCCUUGGUGGAAGACGAGAAAACGGUGAAGCCACAGACACUAUUCUUUGUUAUGACCCUGCAACGGGCAUUAUCACAGGAGUAGCAGCCAUGCCCAGGCCAGUAUCGUAUCACGGCUGUGUGACGAUUCAUAGAUAUAAUGAAAAAGGCUUUAAACUGUAAAUUUUUUUUCUCGAAAAAAAAGAAGAUGGCAUGAAUGAAUCCCGUGGUCUGCUGCAAGACAGGCUUUUUAAAGAUUCCUGAAGUGGGAAAAUGCCCUUUCCCUACCUACGUGUCGUAUGAAAAUUGUAUCCUGCGCCUUUAGAAAAAAGGGUUAAUUUAACUUAAAAAAACAAGUCUACAAAUCUAUCCAGUAACCAGAGUUCAGUUUUAUCUGCUGUGAGAGAGCAGUUGUACUAGGAUUCAGAAAGUUUGCUUUGUGUAUGAUCAGUAAUUAAAAUCUUGGAAGCCUUGUGGGGAAAGUGCCUUCACAAGCAUUUGUGCCUGUGUCUUAAGAAUUGAUAUCUGCAAGGUGUUCCGAUUCUGCUAAUUGGAAAAAUAAAUAGGCAGGUAAAUUCCAAAGAAUCAUCUAGGAUAAUUGUCUACAAAUUAAAAAAGCUUAUAUAAUUGUAAUUUAUAUGCACAGCAAUCUUACAAGCAGAUUACUUGGUUUACAAGGAGACUGUUAGAUCAUGCAUUAUUUGGAAUUACAAAAAGAAAACAAAACAGGCUAUAUAGGACAGAUAUUAGAAUCUUUGAGGAAUGCUUUUUUUCUGAAGGAGAAACUGUUUUUUAGUGAGCCAUUACAACGUUUUGAAGUGAUGAUUGUGUACCUUAACACUAUGGACCUUAUUCAUAGUGUUGCUAAAUGUUCAUGCGAAGUACAAGGCUCCAUAACACAGAAAACUAGUGACCACUGGGGCGUAGGCAUGCGUCUGUGAAGCAAACUUCGAAUCCCAGUUCUUAACUUCUUGACUAGUAUGGCUGAAGUCUGAAAGUUAUUGGGUUCGCUCUUUGCUCACGGCAAAGUCUCUCUAAACUAUUGGAGGAACAAAGGAUGAUGAACUCUGGAUUCUUCUGCUUUUCUGAAUCACGUUACUUAAAUUAUCUGGUGAUAGAGGUGGGGACCUGGGCUGUGCCCCGUAGCUUGUAAAUUGGUCUUUCGGAUGGCUCAGCUGCAGAGAUGGCAGAGUACCCACCAAGUAUUUCUUGGCCUUUCUUCAGACAAUCACUCUAGCACAGUUAAACUACUGUAUAAGCUGCUUGGCCACGGAUAAAGGAGUUCUGGGAAGGUCCCUCCUCUCACCAGAAAAAUAUCUGUGAACCUGUCCACGUAGCCAUAAGAGGUAACUCCCACAGAACAUGUUUUGGCUAAUUUUGAAGCCUAGGAAGCACCUGUAUUUUGACUACCCCACCCCCUCUUUUUUUUUUUUUAAGUCCUUCCUAGAUUUCUGUACUAGGUUGCUUUAUUUCCAGUACACAGUUGCAUAGUUGAGGCACAAGUUGAUAAAAACUGAAAUAGCACUUGAGAGUUGGAAAAUGAAUAGGAGUGUCUGUGUACCAAUUUCCUAUUAAUCACCAAAAACCUCAGGAACUGCCUUUCAAAGGAAUUCUGAGGACAGCAGCCAGUAGGGAAGUUGGUCAGUGCCAGGGUAGGGGAAAAAAACCAAAAUCCUAAGGCCCCUGCAGAGACAUCCCUGGCCUCAGGGCUCUGGACUCCGUGCUUGCUCAGGAGGGUGAAAACAAGCACCAUCUCUGGAACGUCGUUUGUUCCACUGGACUUUCUUCAUCUGUUUUCCCAGAGUAUUUCUUCACGAGAUGGAAAUUCUGACCCUCAGUGAAACUCUGCCAAACUGGGAGUCAUCAUUUUCAGUACCAUAUGGUCAUGACUUUUAAAGAGCACUGGGAGCUGCACUUUGUGAUGCAUUAACUUGUAACCUCAGGAAAGGACACAAAUUUCAGUUUCUGGCUGAAUACCAAACACUGCUUUGUAUAUGUUAAGAAUACUCAUAAAAUACAAAUCUUGGCGUAUCAGUGAUGUAAUUAGGAAGUCAGUCCCUGAGCAUGUACACUCAGAUUGCCCUAAAAGAAAGUCCCUUGGUAGUGUAAGACAAAAGAAUCAGAUAAAUUAAUCCUUUUCUGAGUUUCUUGUGUUUCUGCUUGCCAAGCGUUACUUGGAAAAGGUAAUUUCAGUACCUGUGAAUAAGGUCCAUUGAUAGCAAUGGUAAUUGCCCAGUAACUGUUACUAUAUACUAACACUGUAUAUAACUUGUGCCAUCAUUGUAAAUGAAAAUGUAAAAAAAAUAAUAUAGGAGCACUUCAUUAGAGAUGCAAUUUGAAAAAUACUAUCCUUUCCUUUGAUUUCCUUCUUGUUUGUUUUAAGAUUUGUACUGUUGAUUGUCAUGCUAAGCUGUUCUUUAUUCUGUAGGUGUAGAACAAUGUCAUCCAUGUAUGAGGAUCUCUUAAUCUGUGUUUAUAAUACUGCACUACUCUGUAAAUAACAAGAUAAUUGCUUUCUAUGGUUUUGAAGAUUCAUUUUAUAGCUCAGUUGUCUUUUCUUAACAAUUUAUGUACUGUUACCUAUUAUUUUGAAAAUGACAGUGUUUAAUGAACCAGUAAAUGCAGAAACGUAGAAGAAAACUUCUGCUUACAAUUCCUGAGAACCUGUAUUCAGUGCUGAACUGUUACAUGCGUGGAGCAUUGCUAAAAUGGCAGUUACUCAGGCAGUGAUUUCCUUCAAAUAAGCAGUGAAUUAUUAUUUUUUUUUUUGCUUGUUAACUCUGUAAAUAAUUUGCACUUACAGCCUGCUCUUUUAGAAUAAUUAUUUUUAGAUGUACUAGAAAAGAACAAUUCAACUCUGGUUUAAUGAAAACUAUUUUUCUAGAAGGAUGCAUUAACUUUGAAGUCUCAUUCCUGAGCCACCUGUUCUCCGAUGCAUUUCACUUGGCUAGAGCUGAAUUCAAAGAUUUAAACUCUCACUAUUAUGCAUAUCUACCUGCUUGCAGUUUAUGGGCUUGAGCAGCAAGUUGGGAAAGGGGGGUGUCUCAGCUAGGAGAGAAAAUUAUUAACGUUGUCCAGUAUAAUCAAAAGAUUUCCAUCAUAAAUGGUAAUAGGUUUGGUAGCUCUGAGGUAGAGACACCUGCACAAAGACGUUAACUUCAUCUAACCACACAUGGGAAGAGGGCUCAGGUAUCUCCACGGUCAUACAAAAAAAAAAAAUAAUUCUAAGAGUUGUCUAAUAUUUCACUCCGCUAAACCGAUACUUAUCUUAAAAGUAUUUCCCUCAUUAAAAGAAGUGAGAGUAAAUGUUUUGCUUUUCCAUUUUGAUGUCUGCUUCGUGAGUUACAUCCUUCCGUUCUUAGCAAUGCGAUGUUAAUUGAAAAGAAAGUUGAUGUCUUCUUGGAGCCUGGCUUCAAGAAGGUUCUGAGUAAAUAACUUGAGUACUGCAUUAUAGUGCAGCCUGUAGCCUUCCGCUUCCACAGUACCGUGCAUUCCCUGGUUUUACAGCCAUCAAGCAUGUAACGUUGCCUGGUGAUUGUUUGGUUUUACCUGUGGGCUCUAUUGUUGGUAAUGGUUAGGCAGGUGAACUUGUGGGCUCUCUUCCAUUUGUACCAUCAGGUGGUUCACUCUAUACUAGGUGCCUGGUAGCUGCUUGGAGGAUUAGGUGCUGUGCUUUCAGCUCGAGCACCAAGGGUCCAGAGUGCUACUGUUUAUUUUUUUUUGUUUUAAUUAGCACCAACGCAGUUCUCAUCAAAGGCUGCUUUUUCUUCUGCUCUCUGAAGCACAGAUAUCUUUAAUGCAGAUUAUGUUGGAUAUGGACCCUUAUGAUAAUUUACUCAAGCUUUUUAUAUGGUAUUUUUAACACUGCGCAAUUUUGAGUUAGGCUGAUGACGUACGAAGAGGAGGUGCUCACCUUGACAGAGAUUCACAGAGGAAGCUUUGGUUCACUUAUGUUUGAGAGCUCCAGCUUCUUCCUCAAAAUAGUUGAGUUCACCACGAUAUCUUAGAUAAUUACUCAGUUUAUCCUGCUUUUGUUUUAUUCGAGUUACAAGGACAGAACAAGAAGUGGUGACUUCUUGUCACUGUGAACUUUGGGUUUCCCUCCUGCCCCGGGCACGGUGCUGUGCUGGAGCUGUCGCUCUCGGCGGGGAGGCAGAGACAGGAACUCACUGGGGUGAUAAAUGGCAGGGGAAAGGCAGUGCGUUUGGGGUGUGUGCCUUUGGCUGGGCUUGCUGAAACCAAGACACCCUGGAUGCUCCUAAGUUUGCAAUUUCAGAUGCUAAAACUCAGGUGGUAAAAAUAUUUCACGUUUGUCAACUCGCUGAACUCAGCUGGAGCAAUAAAGAUGCGUAUAAGGUCACGGUCUUCUAGUGGCAAUCUUCAAGAAAGCCAAAGCUUAAUUUUUCCUAAUUGCCCAACUGGGCAAGGAUAUAUAGGGUGUUUUUUUUUCUACCACUGGAGAUGGCACAAGCCAAUUCAAGAGCAUUAAGAAACUCACACAACUUGAUCACUGUGAGGCAAAACGAAAGUUUUCAUGUGAAUGUAGCCUCGUGCACUCAAGAAAGUACAAAUUAAAGGUUUGCUGUGCCUAGUUAAAAAAAUCUGAGCAAUAUAUGUUCAGAAAAGGAGUCUACAAGGUAAGAUGAGGUUUUUAAGCAGAAGUUUGCUGACUGGUUGGAGGCCAAGCAGUGAUUUAUUUAUAUUUUUUUAAAAUGUCUAGCACACAGGUUUCCUCAGUGUUGAAUUAUUUCAGGUGGCAUUAAUAAAAAUGGAUUUCGCUGUCAGUUUAUCGUGAUUGUGUCAGUGCCACGAGCGUUGCCACAAAAUAGUAAGCAGCCUCCUACCAACCCCAAACCAGGUGUGUGACCCACCUGUUCUCUGCACGCUGGCCUCGCAUCAGCCAUCUUCCAGAACUCAUGUUACACAAAGUCAUGUUACUUCAAAUAUAUAGCCCUGAUAACGUUGCUGUCUAAGAACUCUUAUUUGCAGGAAAGGUGGUUUUUUUUUUUUCUCUUUUUUUUUUUUCCUCUUUAACUCUAGUGCUCCAGUCUAUGGUCUUGUGUUUAUGUGUGCACAUCUGUGCGUGUGAAUAGUUCUGUGAUCAUUUUCUGCUAAGGCUGUUAUAAGUAAUGCACAUUAAAAGCUCCUGUGUACAGUAUGUUGAUAAUGUAAUUAUGGCUUACUCUGUAUUAUUAGUUCCAAAGAAAAUAAUGCGUGUUAAUUUUUAAAAUACCUGUGCCUUGAAUUCAUCUAUAUUUUUAUCUAUUAUGAUAAAGAGCUUAGAUUACUUCUCCCGGUUUAUCUUUAUUAGGAUCAGUCUUACUGUCUAGACUGUUGAUGUCCUUCUAAGAGAAAUAAAUCUUGCCAUUCAUUAACUAGAAUAGUUAAGCCUCGUGUUUAGAAUAUACCUAGGAUGCUUCCAUUUAUUACAGUGCUAUGGCAGAUUUAAUCUGGAAAAAUCAGUAUUUGUUUUUUCCUAUUUUUUGUUUUGCCCUCAGUGACAAAGGAUUUGAGGUUUAGUCUUUGACUUCCUGUCCUUAGCCUGUACAGUUUCUUGUUUUAGUCCGUAGCCUCUACGGUAUUUCUGAACGCUCUGACUUGUCAGUCAUGAACCUCUUGUUCAAUACACGCAAUACAAAGCAAUAAUAUGGUGCAGCAUGGCAAUAAGCAAAAUCAAGAGACUUGAAUGUAAUGUACCAUUACUAAUUUCAUCUGUGUAAAUGCUGGACUUAUGAGUCAUUCUCCUUUUGGUGCACCUGUAGCAAUUCGGAGUCAGCUUAAUAGGAGCUACUUGGCCAUGGAAAGAGUGUUUACCUCCUGGACUGUUACUUAUAUGAUAUUUUAUCUUUACCUGAAAUCAUGUUUUGAUUUUCCUUUUUUGCUGAGAAAGCAGCUCAUGUUUUUCCUUGCCAGUUCCUUUAUCUACUGAAGCAUAAAGGGUGUAGUUCCUCGAAGAGCUGAUCUUGUCUUCAAGAACAACCUGGUGUAGCACAAAUGACAUUUGAACAAAAACCAGUGCAGACCACUCGCUGUGCGCCAGAGUCAAUGUAACAUUAUCUCACAUAUAACAUUAAGGUCUUCAGAUUGUGCUGACAGUAGUAAAGUGAUUUUGUAACGUAGCGCAAUUGCAAUAACACCUGUUAUAUUUAAAUAUAUAUUUCUUGCAUAAUUCUUUGAAAGUUUUUUAAAGUUCAGUGUACCUAAUAAACAUUUGCCUUUUGAAUA